UUUUCCGGCUCCCGCGGUUUGGUUCCGGGGCAGGCCGGGCCGCCGCUCGGGGACUGGAGGCGGCGGCAGCAGCUCCGGCCGCGGCGCAUCGACCCCGGCGAGUGGCGCUCCCGGGCCGGGUGCGGGCCCCCAGCAUGUGAGGCGCCGCGGGGGGAUGCUCGUACCCGGCUGCGGCCCGCCCCGCGCCAUGGAGAGCCCGCCGCUCGUCAUCCGCAUCACCAUCCCGGACGGCGGCGCCGUGGACUGGACCGUCCACCCCGCGCCGCAGCUGCUCUUCAGGGACGUGCUGGAUGUCAUUGGACAGGUUUUGCCUGAUGCAACGACGACAGCAUUUGAAUAUGAAGAUGAGGACGGUGAUCGGAUUACUGUUAGAAGUGAUGAAGAAAUGAAAGCCAUGCUAUCCUAUUAUUAUACCACUGUAAUGGAACAGCAAGUAAAUGGACAGUUAAUAGAACCUUUGCAGAUAUAUCCAAGAGCCUGCAAGCCUCCUGGGAAACGCAACAUACAUGGCCUGAAGGUAAAUACACGAGCAGGGUCUGCUAAUAAUAGCAGCUCAGCAGUCUCGGAUUCCCUUCCAAGCAAUAGCUUAAAGAAGUCUUCUGCAGAACUGAAGAAAAUAUUAGCUAAUGGCCAGAUGAAUGAACAAGACAUACAGUAUCGAGACGUCCUCGGUCAUGGCAAUGGAGGCACGGUCUACAAAGCAUAUCAUGUCCCUAGUGGAAAAAUACUGGCAGUAAAGCUCAUACCUUUAGAUAUUACACUGGAACUCCAAAAGCAGAUUAUGUCGGAAUUAGAAAUCCUUUAUAAGUGUGACUCAUCUUAUAUCAUAGGAUUUUAUGGCGCUUUUUUUGUAGAAAACAGAAUUUCACUAUGUACAGAAUUCAUGGAUGGCGGUUCUUUGGAUGUUUAUAGAAAAAUUCCAGAGCACGUACUAGGAAGAAUAGCCGUAGCUGUUGUUAAAGGCCUUACCUAUUUAUGGAGUUUAAAGAUUUUACACAGAGAUGUGAAACCCUCUAAUAUGUUGGUGAACACACGAGGACAGGUGAAGCUGUGCGACUUUGGGGUUAGCACACAGCUGGUGAAUUCUAUAGCCAAGACGUAUGUUGGAACAAAUGCUUAUAUGGCGCCUGAACGAAUUUCAGGGGAACAAUACGGGAUUCAUUCCGAUGUAUGGAGUUUAGGGAUUUCCUUCAUGGAGCUUGCUCUUGGGAGGUUUCCAUAUCCUCAGCCUUUUCCACCUUGAUUUUCCCAACAAUAUGAGAAACGGAGCGGUAGUGUCCUUAACUCAAAGAGACAAGACUGUCAGGCCUGUUAGCUCAACAAAAUGAUGACAUAUUACUUGUCUCGAUGAAGAGGCAUUCUUAAAUCCCACUGCAAGGAAAACAUAAGUGGAUAAUAGAAAAUUUUAGAGCCAGAGUAUCCAUUCACUGUAAUCUUGCCAUUGGUUCCUUUUCUAAGAAAGUACAGAAGGCAAAAACACUGUUCGUGAAAGAGAUCCUCUUUUUUUUUUUUUUUUUUUUACUUGCUUUUAAUGAAAGAUUUGCGCUCUUACCAUACUUCUGUGCAUAAAAGUAUCAGAGAGAUGCUGUCAUGUAUGCUACACAUUUUAGGCCAGACCCUCAGCUGGAAUAAAUCAGUGUGGCUCCACUGAGGUCAGUGCAGUUAUGCUGAUUUACAGCAGCUAAGGAUCUGGCCCCAUGUCAAUAGGACUAGAUUUUACAAAUGCUUUUGGAUUACUUAUACCAAAGCCAUUUUUAAAUAAGAUUUGGGUUUUGGCCUUGCUUGAGCAAAUUCUUCCCUCACUGUCUUUUCAGCUAGUGAGGUUUAAUUGUAGGUCAAAAAGCUACUUAUCUAACCACUUUGCAUUUAAAACACAUUAAUUUCUUUGCUGUAUCUUAAAGUUUGCCUAAUAAUUUUGUGGUUUUAAUUGAAGUUACUGCUUUUUGAUCCCUAUAUUAGCAUAGUCUAAGGUUAUUUUUUUUAUAUGUAAUUCAUACUAUAGCCCAAAUUUGGUCUAGUUUCAUUUAAAUGUGAGCAGGUUGUCAAGGAAAAAAAAAUUAGUUUAGCUUGGCACAUAAAGUAGCUAUUUUACUGUUGGUUUUUUUCAGUUGACAGAAACAUCAUUUAAGCAUUCAUUUAUUUUGUAAGAAUAAACUGAAGGUUGGUUAAAGCAUGUUUCCCGGUAAGAAUGAAAUCUGUUAUCUUCCACUUGCAUCAUAAUAUUGAACCAUUUAAAAGACAUUAAACACUGUUUAAAUGCUAA